GAAUAUGAUUUUUAUAGGGAAAAAACUAGUGUCACUUGUAGCUUUCCCCGACAAUUACGGUAAAAUUCUACUCCCAUGUUUGUGAAACCAAUAAACUCUGGAGCUGCCCUCCAUCUUCCGCAAUUGCCGCAGGGAAAGGAUCCAGACAUAAAGUGAAGCCGCUAUGACCUGUGCAGCAGUUCUUUGAUUUUUAAUCUGGACCAUAAUUACUCCGUAUUAUUUCUAUUACUAUAAUAAUUACUACACACAUUGUUAAUUUCUUUCAUAACACGUCCACACUACAAUUGAAUGAUCUUCUCUACUUCAAGGAGCUCGACCCGAGUCAAGAUUUAGCGCAAUUCGAUCUGGGCGGAUCUUCAUAUGCUCCGGUACCCAUUAUGAUAGUGUUGGGUUGGUGAGCACAUCUCAUGCCUCAUGGGUUGUGUGGCGUCGAAGCAGACGGUGUUGGUUACUCCUGCGGGUGACAAUUCGGGAGCUCUCCGUGAUCAAUCGGGUUCGGGUCGGAAUCGGGUCGAGGGCGCCGGACUGGGACUGGAUUUUGAUUUGAAGAAGGUCAAGAAGAGAGCUGACUCGGCGCGGAGUGCUGGGUGCGAGCUAGCUGAGUCGGGGAGGGCGAGUUCCAAUGGGUUUGGGAGCGAGUCGGUGAGCUUCAGGCUUGGGAAUUUGCACAAGUAUGUGGAAGGAGAGCAAGUUGCUGCCGGUUGGCCGGCUUGGUUAAGUGCGGUUGCAGGUGAAGCUAUUCACGGUUGGGUGCCUCUCAGAACGGAGUCAUUUGAGAAGCUCGAGAAGAUUGGUCAAGGUACAUAUAGCACUGUAUUCCGGGCUCGUGAUCUAGAGAGUGGGAGGAUUGUUGCACUAAAAAAGGUUCGGUUUGAUAACUUUGAACCAGAGAGCGUUCGGUUUAUGGCCAGAGAAAUCAUGAUACUUCGCAAGCUUGACCACCCAAACAUCAUCAAGCUAGAGGGGAUUAUUACUUCACGAUUAUCGUGCAGCAUAUAUCUUGUCUUUGAAUACAUGGAGCAUGAUGUUUCAGGACUCUUGGGUUGCCCUGAUAUCAAGUUCACUGAAUCACAGGUUAAAUGCUACAUGAAACAAUUGUUAUCUGGACUUGAGCAUUGUCAUUCUCGGGGUGUAAUGCAUCGGGAUAUUAAAGGAGCCAAUCUCUUGGUAAACAAUGAAGGCAUCUUAAAGAUUGGUGAUUUUGGAUUGGCUAACUACUUUAACAAUCGCCACAGGCAUCCAUUGACCAGUCGAGUUGUCACAUUAUGGUAUCGUCCUCCUGAGCUUUUGUUAGGUUCCACAGACUAUGGAGCUUCUGUGGAUAUCUGGAGUGUUGGAUGUGUCUUUGGUGAACUUCUUACUGGCAAACCAAUACUUCAAGGGAGAACUGAGGUUGAACAGCUGCACAAAAUUUUCAAACUUUGUGGAUCUCCACCAGUUGACUAUUGGAAGAAAUCUAAACUUCCUCAUGCAACUCUGUUUAAACCACAACAUCCUUAUGAAAGCUGUCUUUGGGAGACUUUCAAUGAUCUGCCUAAAACAGCUGUCUCUUUGAUUGAAUCUCUUCUUAUGGUGGAACCCAAUAAGCGUGGGACUGCUACUUCUGCACUUGGAUCUGAGUAUUUCAUGACAAAGCCUUGUGCUUGUGAUCCUUCAAGCUUGCCCAAGUAUCCACCAAGCAAAGAAAUUGAUACUAAACACCGUGACCAAGUAAGAAGGAAGAAGCCCAGUGGAAGGGCACACGGACAGGAGACCACAAGAAAGCCUACCAGAAAACAAAAUGGAAUCAAUAAACUGGCACCAGAGGAGAAGCUAUCUGUUCAAACUCAAGGUGCGCAUAGAAGUAAUCUCAGAAGGCAAAAAGAAGGAGAACGUGGUGUGGUUCUACAGCAGCCUAAGCCAUGGAUUGAUGUCAUGGAAGAGGCAUCUCUUGCAAAGACUGCAUCUGAAGCUGAUAUCCCCUUUUCAGGUCCAAUGCAGGUCUCCGGAUCAAGUGGCUUCUCAUGGGCAAAAAGAUGGUCUAAAGGUUCAUCUGUGAGAUCACCGCGAAGCACGUCUAGCUCGAGAAGCCUUGUUUUCGAACCUUCUGGUGCAUUAUUACCACCGAGGAAUAACAACUUGGAGUCGAAAAGGAGAGAAAACUGUGAUGCCAGAAAUGGUGGGAGCCGCACAGAUACUAAGGGACAUAAUUCCUAUGAAAAUGCAAGGCCUGCAGCACUUGAACAAUGGAAUCAAUUAGGGCGGCAAGAUUUCUUUGAUGGUUCUGAUGGUGGCUAUCACCCACAUGAAGUUUCGCUGGCCCUAUACUUGAAAGAAGAAAUGGAUGUCAAGAGAAUGAAUGCGGUUCACAGUCAUGGUGACAGGGUUGAAUUUUCAGGACCUUUGCUACCUCAAUCUCACAGAAUGGACGAGCUAUUGGAAAAGCAUGAACGCCAUAUCCGUCAAGCAGUUCGUCGUUCCUGGUUUCGGAGAGUUAGGGGAAAUGUGAAGUAAUUGCGCCGCCUCGGCAUAAGAACAUUGCUGGUGAAUCCAGUAGCGUCAUUUGACAAAGUUGGUGAAUCCAAAAACGCAUAUGUAUCCAUCCCCGAAUAGGAGCAACAUUGCUGAUGGCCAUAUAUCUCCAUAAGCUCAACUGUGAGGAUAUUCUGCAGAAGCUGGAUGUGCUUUAUUCUUUUUCAUCUUCAGGAAAUCUGAUUCUUUCAGUUGACAUUUUGGUAUCACUGUAUAUCUUUAGUUGAGUGGAGAUUAGAGAGCAUAGAUUGACAUGAUUGUAAGAAUGAAUGUUUGCACACUACAUUGCUGAAAACCGCUACAACAGUGUUCGUGAAUUGAAACAAGAUGUUGAUGGAGGUAGCUAGAAAUACAAGUAUGUAAACAAAGAAAGGACAUUAGUGUAUGAAUUCUCAUUUUUUGAAUUGUAAAUUGACCUUUGUAUUAUAAUUUAUGAUUAAUAACUUGUUUCUGUUUUGUA